AUGUAUUUUUUCCUGGCUUGCCUAUCUUUAUUAGAUGUCUGUUAUUCUUCGGUUACUCUUCCAGCCAUGUUGGCCAAUGCCAUAACAGGCAACAGGAAGAUUUCCUUCAAUGGAUGUCUUACACAACUCUAUUUCUUUGUCUGCUUUGGAGGAACAGAAUGUCUUUUUCUAACUGUCAUGGCUUAUGACCGAUACGUGGCCAUAUGUAACCCGCUCCACUACACUACCACAAUGAAUAAGAAGGUCUGUUCAUACCUUGUGGUGGCAUGCUGGUUCAGCGGAAUGAUGAACGCUAUGUUUCAUACCACAAUGACCUGGAAACUAACGUUUUGUGGAGCCCGACAUAUCAGGCACUACUUUUGUGAUGUUCUUCCAUUGUUACAAGCAGCUUGUAGUGAUAUAUAUGAUAGUCAGGUGCUAUUACACGUUGUAACGUUUUUUAUUGGGAUAACGCCAUUCAUACUUGUCACGCAUUCAUACAUCCGUAUAAUUUCCACCAUACUGAAAAUCCGUUCCACUGCAAGAAGGCAGAAAGUCUUCUCCACAUGUUCAUCCCACCUCAUUGUUGUCACAGUGUUUUACUCAACUGCCAUCUUCAAUUAUAACGGUCCAAACUCUGGAGAUUCCUUUGUGUUUGUCCGAAUGGCUUCUCUUCUUUACAGUAUUGUUCCUCCAUUGCUGAACCCGGUUGUUUACUGUCUGAGAAAUAAGGAGGUGAAGAGAGCCUUGAGGGAUGUUCUUACUAAAUUAUAUAUCUUGUUUAAACUAUAA